AUGGCCAUGCCUACCUACAAUUCCACUGGAAUACGUCGCUGGAUGGAUGGCAUGUCUGGUAUUAUUGAGGACACAAACUCAUCCGACAGAGAGUUUCCAAUCUCUCCCGAAACUGACCACACUCAAAUGGCCUCUUCUCGUACCGCUUCAAUCGUCGAUCAUGCUACUUCUCGAGACGAAUCACUGGCAAGCGAACCUAGAGAAAUGCUAGCUCUGACGACAAGCUCAACAUGCACCAAACGCUCCUCGCAGUCUAAGGACGGGACUGAAAACGGAAGUUCUAAGAGACGUAGAUGCAGUAACAUUGCGUCGCCUACACUGAUGCAAAGCCCAUGGGAAUCUGCAACUGGCUGCCAUAUGUACCACCGAAACAACAUGAAUCAUCGCCCAAAGAAAGUGGAAACCAUCAUCUCAGCUUACUGGCCGGAUAUUCGCGAUGACUAUGCCAGAUCUCUUCAGGACCCGAGCAUCAGAUGUAGCAUUCCUUGUUCCAUUUGUCAUGAGAACUGUGCAGACGAAAAUGCAUCUUGGCACUCUGGCUGGGAACUACCUGUCAUCCUGGCUUGUGGCCACAUGAUUGGGGAGAAAUGCCUCAAGUCGUGGUUCAGAUCGCGAGCCAAAAAUGAUGAGCCAAAGGACUGCCCCAUGUGCAGAAGGGUACUCCAAUGUUCCGAAUGCAAAGGGGCCUUCAUGUUCUCAAUCCUUUGUCAUGAUUCGUACGUCCCAAAUCUGAAAACCAAAACCUACAGCGAGAAGCAGCCCAUGGAGCAGACCAUUUGUAACGACUGUCAGGCGGAGACUGACUUCGGGAGUCGCAUUCUCCAGGGCGAGCAUCUUGCCGAACCAUUUCCCCGUGGCGGCGCCUCUCAGCACAUGUUAGAUUGGUUCCGCCAAGUAAGAGAUGAGUUCGAAACCAAAGUGAAGUUGCGCCUGGGUGACGGAAUGCGACCGAUUGAUGUCUCCGGCGCUAUACAUAAGGAGAUUUUCGCCGAGAUGGAAUCGUGGCUGUAUUUUCUAAAGCAGGAUGUGACCCACAGAGUGCAAGGAAGAAUCGCGAAGAUUGAGACAGAGCUGGACGAAACUCACUGGUGGAACCGUGCUGGGGUGGUGAACGAGGAGGAAGAAUAUGGCAUCACCCCGGGCUAUUGUAGCCGUUGGCAAGAUGGUGAUGUUCACUAUGACGAGGGCUACGAGAUCUCUAAUGGCCGCUGGCAUGGCGACGAGGAUCACACUGAGGACGGAGGCUAUGAUGCCGGUAACUACACCUGGUAA